AUGACGGUAAAUUUUACUUCGUUAAACGGUCUACAAGUGUCAAAAUCGUACAAAUUUGCAACAUUCACGAGUCCAAAAGACGAAAUUCAUGAAGAUAAGCACGGCAAUGUCUUGAAGAAAGAGAAGAACGAGAAUCAGCGAAUGAGUGAAGAUCUGAGUCCACUUGAACGUCUAAUGCAGCACUCGCAAGAGUUUCGACUGAAUGGGGACAAUGACACCAAAGGAGACGAGGAAGACAACAAGGACAAGGACAAGAGCGAAAAGCUCGCCAAUUCUUGGCAGAUGGAGAGCAAUAGCAUGAGCAGUCGCUUCUCUACAGGUGACUCCAAGCACAACACUUUCCGUCGUCGUGGAAAUUUUGUGCGUCAUUGGGAGCUGGGAAGACUCGCAGUGGACCAUUUGGUGGAGAAGGACAUGGACGAGAUUAACUACGACGCAGAGCUAGAGACAGUGUGGGAUGAGGAACAAGUGAAGCAACGCAAGUUCGACCGUGCAUUGCGUCGAGAACAUGACAAGGACCAUGUGUGUACCAAUUGUGGAGAACGCGGCCAUUGCGCGCGCAAUUGUCUUGUACCGCGGAUCUGCUCUAAUUGUGGCAAUUUGGGCCACGCCGCUCGUCAGUGCAGAUUCAAACGAAAUCCGGACACGAUCGAUGAAUUUCUCAUGCAGGAAGAAGACUUUCAGGAGAAGAAGAAGCAGAAGCGGAAGCUGAGAGAGAAAGCAGCCAAAGCAGUGAAGAACCCGGGCAUGCCACGCCCCAAAGAGGUGCCCACGAGUGACUUUAACAAACGUAACGAGAGUCUCCGAAAGGAGCUGGAUGUAGAGCUUGACGCAUACGCUGAUAAGCUGGAGGAACAGGCUCGGAAGCGCCGAGAAGUGAAGGCGAAGAAGGAAGCUCAGAGAGAAAACGCAAAGCUGUCCGAGAAGUAG